CUUUUCGCGCCUUUGAGCGGCGCUGCGUCAGCCUUGCGCGUGUGAGCAUCCGAUGUGAUGAUCCCCCUGUCCAUCCUGUCAGUUUCGCCCAGUACACCCAGUGCGUGAUCUGCCCAUCCUCCCGCCUCUGAGCAGCAGGGGAUCUCACACAGGGAGUGCACCCGUCAGCUCACACACGCAUCGGCGCCCGCUGUCUCGCGUGCGCGCCAGAGGGAAGGAGAGAGGACAUGGCGGCCACCGGCAGCAAGAUCCGCGUCGGCAACAUCCACCCCCUGACGCCCAAGGGUGAGCAGGCGACACCAUCUCACGCACACGAGGCCUCCCGGCACACACACAGGCGGAGAAAGGUGCGGGAUGAGUCAUGUCGUGGCGGUUCCCCGCAUGUGUGUGUUCAGAGAAGCUGAUCCAGGAGUUCCAGCAGUAUGGCCACGUGUUGGAGGUGGAUGUGGGCGACGACUGCGCCUACGUGACGUUCGAGCGGUCCGCAUCGGCGCGGGCGGCGUGCGCGGAUGCACACACCAUCAUGGGCCGAAGGGUACGAGUCGACAGGCGUGUCGUGUGUGGGGUGUCACCAGGCCAGAUGCAUGUCGCCGUUCGUGUGUGCGUGUGGUGUGGACCUGGGCGUGUGUGGUGGUGUGUUUGUGUGUGUUUGUAUUUUGUGUCUGUGUCUCUCUGUGUCUGUGUGAGCAGUUGUCCCUGCAGUACGUUGCUGAGCCUCUCAUCGGGGCCUGCAAAGUGUUCGUGGGAGGCGUGCCUAACGUGUCGGAAGGUGCACAUCACAUCCACACAUCAAAUCCACACGGACACAGACACACGGACACAUACGCAGAUCUAACUCUGUGUGUCUGGUGUUUGCAUGCAGAGAUCUUCACGCAGUACUUCUCCAAGUUCGGCAAGAUCCGCCACUCCACCGUCUACUUCCACCCAGUCACCGGACGCCCCCGAGGUAUGCCAUCACAACCACACACACGCAACAGGCCUGUUGCACUUGGGUGUAUGCUAUGCGUCGUGUCGUGUCGUGUGUGGUGUGGUGUGGUGUGUUGUGUUGUGUUGUGCAGGUUUUGGUUUUGUUGAGUACGAGACUGAGGACGGUGCGUUGGAGUGCCUCAAACACUACCGAUCACACAGCCUCAUGGGCAAAUGGGUCAGUCAGUGAGUGGCUGGUGCACACACACACACACCCAUCCCUCCAUUGUGUGCACCCAUGUGUGUGUCUGCGUGUGUGUAGGUUGAGGUGAAGCGUGCGGUGUUGGCUGACAGCGACCAGCCGCACCCCUGCCCCGCCAACCCCAAGAAGCACCUCAACUUCUCCCGCCGGGGUCCCAACCGAUACUCCAACACAAACAACAUCCACAACGACCACUACACCCACCACCAGCAGCACCAGCCAUACCGCACCAUGCAGCCCUUCAACAAACGCGGCUACCACGGCGGAUCAGGCGGUGGUGGAGGGGGUGCUGGUCACGGUAGCGGUGGUGUUGGUGCCGGGGGAGGUGGUGCAGGUGGGUUCAUGGGGCGCGGCAACGCGUGGAACCAGGAGGAGCGCAACACACACGCGUUUGAGAGGCAGAAGGUCACGCUGUGGGCCAAGCGCGACCCGGCACACAAUGGUGAGCACAUAGGGGAGGGAGGGAGGGAGGGAGGAAGACCAAACAGAUCUUUCAGUGACAUCAUCACGCGUCCUGUUCUGUCUGGGUGUUGGUAUGUUGGUCAGGUACAGGCGUUGGUUCGUCGUCGGUGUCCAAGCCCCCGGAGGACCCCCACGCGGCGCAGCACCAGCGUUACAUCAACCCGGCAGUAACCGAGACGGCCCACCCCACACCGGGGCACCACACACCCGAGCAGACCACCAUCCCAGCCGCACACGAGCCGCCCGCCAUACUGCCCACACCCACACACAUGAAGAAGACCAUGACCGGCGGACUCGCCGGUGGCUGCGGCCCCUCCGUGUCGCAGCAGAUGGGCAUCCAGCAGCAGGGCGACCACCAGUGGCAGUACCAGCACCAGCAGCAGGGGUACGGCGGCGCGGCGUUUGGUGGGGGCAUGGGUCACGGACAGCCGAUGGGCGGCGGUCAGACGGUGAUGCCCGGCCUCAUGUCUGGCCCCCCUGGUGGCGCGAUGAAUGGCAUGCCGCCUGCCAUGGCCAUGCCGAUGGGCCACCAGGGCGGUGCGGGCAUCAUGGGGGGACACCCCACGAUACAGAUGAUGCCACCCAACGACAUCCACAUGACGGGCGGCGGCGGCGGCGGCGGCGGCGGCGGCCAGGCGUUCCCCACCCCACACACACCCCACGGACACGGCAUGGCGCCCUACCCCUACCCUGCACCUGCACCCGCCAUCCCGCAGCCGCAGCCGCAGCCGCACAUGGGCGGCCGCCCCACUGGACCAUACAUGCCGCAAGUGCUGACCGUGGAGCAGCACUGCCCCACCACCCCCACCAACACCACCACCAUGACGCAGCAUUCCACUAAGGCAGACGGAGGUGGCCAGUGGCGCGACUUGGGCGGUCGCCAGGAGAUCGAUUUGCCGUCGUCCAACCUGGUGCUGGUCAAGCAACAGGGCCAGGAGGGUCAGGGAGGUGAGGAGGGCGACUGCAAGGAGGGUGAGAAGGGUGGCUGCGCCAAGGGGCAGGGCGGCGGGUGCAAGAAGGGGGCGGAUAGCGCCGCCGGCAAGGAGGCACACGCAGGUGCGUACACACAUCACAUCACAUCGACACAAAUGGAUGCGCCUGUCCCUCCGUCACGCAUUCGUUGGUGUGUGUGGCUUUCUUGGUAUCCUCACUCAGGUAGCGGUAGCGUUGAGGACAUGGUGGCGAUGCGCAUCGGGUUCGUCCAGGAGAAGGAGGGCGGGCAGUCGACCACCACGCCGCCCACCACCUGCACCCUCCCCGCCUCGCUCCUCAAGGCCGAGGACGCCAAGGCCACCAACGGGGCCUUCAUGAUGCUCCGCGAGACAUACGGCCUCCCCCGCACGCACAACCACACACUCGUCUACUACACCAACACCAAAGCCAAGACCAACACCGACACCGACAAGACCAGCAACACCGAGGGCGGCGUGGUCGGGACCAUGGGGGAGAUGGUGGAGGUGGAGUCCCUCCAGAUGCUCAUCGACAAGGCGGCGGAGGGCCUGGCCUUCUACUGGCACGCACAAUCGUCCACUCGCGUCCCGUCGGGCACGGCGAGUGAGGAGGGCAGCAAGACACCCGGCCGCCCAUCCAAGCAGAGCAGCAGCGACGGAGGGCGUAGCACACCCGACGAGAAAACGGGCGGUGUGGCCAAGGGGGCCGGUGCUGACAAGGGCAUCGGCAAGGAGGAGGUGGUGGGGGCGGGUGCCACGGAGGCGUAGGUAGUGGUUGGUCGGCCUCGGUGGGCGGCCGGGCUGGUGGGGGUGGUAUGUCUGGCCACUCCACCACCCCCCAUCCCCCCGCGAGACAGACAGUCUCAGUCCAAUAAUAUAGGUAGGGGAGUGAUUAGGGGGCUGUGGCGCAUGGCAGGGACGGAUUGACGGAUCGACGGAUGGAUCGCUUAGUGGUUGCGUGGCGUGCAUGGCUGGCUGGCUGGCCGGCUGAUCACCUUCUCUCAGCGGUCGGUGCCUUCACUCACUCCCUCCCUGUCUGCCUGUCUGUGUGCGUCGUCGCGUCAUGUCUUCCAUCGCUAUGUCCUUAUUGGUAUGGCCUGCCUGCCUCCCUCCCUCUUGCCUUGUCUGCCUGCCUGCCUGUCUGCCCGUUUGCCUGUAUGGUCGUGCGUGAGGGCACCUGGGGGCACAUCAUUCAUCCUACCUACAUACACACAUGCCACCACAUCCCAUGCAUGCUCAGCACCACACGCCGAUCAUUGCCAUGCAUCACACUGCAUUCCAUUGCAUUCCAUUGCAUCCCAUCGCAUCUCACGGUGUGAAGCUAGCUUAUUGCGUGCCUGCUGCUGCUUAGAGGGUCUUAGAGGGUUGUUUCAAUCCAUGCCUAUGAAGCCAUGCGCGUCGGCGACCUACUGAUGCAUCGAUCCAUCGACUUACCGAUUGGCGUGUAUUGUAUGCGUGUGGAUGAAUGUGCAAUUUUCCGAUUGACUGACUGGCUCCUUGCACCGUCUGCGUCAUGUGGCAUGCGUAGACAGACGGGCGGACGGAUCUGUCAAUACGGUCGAUCCGAGAGAGAGAGAGAGAGAGAGAGAGAGAUUUCCUUCUGUUUUGGCAUUAUGUAAGUGCUCCCUCCCUCCCUGUCUAUAGCCCGUACAUGUACUUACUUGUAUAUACGCUGUAAGAGAUAGAGAGCGAAUCGAAUCGAGAGCAGUCUAGUCAGCCGUGACGGACGGACGGGUGGCUCACUGCCCUGCCCUCUCCCUGUGUGUGUGUGUGUGUGUCUUUUGUACCGACAUGUAAUCUCGUACGAUCGCCCCCGACCUUCAUGUGUAGAUGUGUGUGUCCCAAUCAUUAGUGACCCUAGAAAGAGAGAGAGAGAGAGAGCACUCUCCCACUGCCAUUCGGGCGACUGACAGACCGACCGGUUUUCGAUCCUUGCUGCCGCGGAUGCAUCUAUCUAGCUAGCCUUCUUCCCUUCUACUACUACUACUACUACUCUACCACUUCCUCUAGUAUGUGAAUACCCCACACCACAUUACCGAUGGAAUGAGCUGACGACAGUCAGUCACUGUUCCCCUACGCUAUGGUCUGCCCUAGCAUAGCAUAGCAGCACGAGUGUGUACAGUGGUACUCGUGCGUUGAUCGGGCGGGCCGAGCCGAGCCGCUCAGUAGCUCACUGACAGAGCCAACGAUAGAUAGACAGACAGAUGAGAAGGGUGGCCCGCCACCCAUACCCACACCCACACGGCAAGCAGACAGAUGCUACAUAUCUAUACGCCACGCCUGCAUUGCAUACACGUUAGGUACCCACUGGCUGAUGUAUGGUUCACUUCCAUGGAUUGACGGAUGGAUGGAUGUGCGUGCUUGCCGGGAUUUGACGCACCUUCCCUGACGGUGCUCUGCGGCGGCAGCUUUCCAUUGCUGGUCAUCUGCCGCCGUGGUACAUACUCAGGGAAGGAUCAUCAAAUCUCCGCCGCGCACACACACAGUCAGAGAGACAGCGAGACAAUCAUAGUGGUAGCAUGCACUGACCACAUCACCCACUCACUUGCUAUGCAUGCCUGUGCCCAUCACAUACAUACACACACGCACUCGUCUAGUACGCACCUACGCACCCUCAUCUACCCUACUCGCCCUUCUGCGAUGAUCUGAUCAUCUUGUGUCUCGUUGAGGUCGCGAUCGGCUACGUCAGGCUGCUCCUUGUCAACAGAACGGCAAGAAGCAAGCUGAAGUAGUUGUGCGCAACAUCGAGACACAAGCGAUCGGUGGGUGGGAAGGAGGCCUGGGGAUACCGCUUUCUUUCCUCCGCUUGCACCGCCACCACUACAUUACUUGCCUAGGGGCUAGCUACGACGUCACUCACACAGAGAAACAGACAGACAGACAGACAGACAGGUCACACCCGUGGUAAUGAUACCGGCCGAAUUACAUCGCCGUACGCCUCUGCACUACUGUACGGGACCAUCUAUGUCACUUGUACGCUUGUCCGUCGGUCAGAUAACCUCCUUUUCACCUAAGACCUUCCUGGCUGGAUGGCCCACUGACUCGCUCACUCAGUCACUCACUUUGCUCGGUCGCUGUUUGUGAUGUGCACGGGCGCAUGCGAUUCCCAUCUGCCUUUUCUGUCUUGUCUGCCUGCCUUCCUGCCUGCCUGCCUUCCUGCGUGCCUGCCUACCCCGCCCAAGCCAGCGGAUCCACCCACUGGACGGGGCAGCGCAGCACGGCAGCUGUGAAUAGCCUUACUUACCCAUUCACUCACUCACUCGCCCACUCACCACUUGUCUGCGCACAUGCGCUUACACACAUACACACACACCUUUCAUGGUUUUAACCCGUAUGGGCGGCAGACAGACAGACAGACAGACCAAGUGUUGAUUGAUGCCUCGGCUGUUUUGGUGCGCAUGGCAGCAGACAUGCAGUAAGGAUCGUACGCAGACAGAGAAACCAAACCGUCCAUCUGGUUGCUUUGCCGCACUCGUGCAUCCUUGAUUUUGCCACACACAAUUGGGUGUGCGUGUGCGUGGGUAACAAACACUACGGCUCGUAAAAACACACUGCCUGCACUCGUACGCACGUACGAGCAACAGAGCACCGAGGCUGUCUCUCUGUCCGUCCGUCUGUCUGCGUGCGGCCGAUCCUCUCUCUCCUCUGUGUUUCCCCUGUAGGUCUUUUGCGUUGGCGAAUGGCAUUCAUCCACUGCAGUACACGAAUUGGAUUGUAUGACGCACACACGUGGCUGUCUAGGUGGCUAGUAGUGGGUGGGUGGACGCGGGUAUGGACGGGCAUGGUGUGGUGUGGCUGUGCAGUGGUCUGGAUGGCUGGCAUGUCUGUCUGUCUGGCUGGCUGUAUGGCUGCGCGAAUGAGUGGAUAAGCGGUAGGAAUGAGCCCAAGGGACGUCGAAUAAGUUGACAUGACAGACACGGACAGACCAACGCCAACACAUCAUAUGGAUCAACGAACGAGCUGCGAACGAC